AUGUCUCGAAACCCUCCACCACCCCCUCAAAACACCAACAAUGGCCGCAACGAGUACAUCCCACAGUACAUCUCUGCAAAACCCUUCUACGCCGAGGAUCUCCUCAAGGACGAUGACUACCUAACACAUCAACGCUCAAAGGCCGAGCAAAAAGACACAAUCGACAAGGCGAAAUGGUACGAACGUGGUGCCAAAAAGGGACCAGCAGCCACCAAGUAUCGUAAAGGUGCCUGUGAAAAUUGUGGCGCCAUGACACACAAGACCAAGGAUUGUCUGUCGCGACCACGAAAGACAGGCGCGAAGUGGACAGGACGGGAUAUCCAGGCCGAUGAGAUCGUGGACGACGUGAAACUAGGUUGGGAUGCGAAGCGGGACCGAUGGAACGGCUAUGAUGUAAGGGAGUACGACUCUGUGGUCAAAGACUACGAAGAUAUGGAAAAUCUGAGGAAGGUGGCUGCGAAAAGUGUAACGCCUGCAAAUGGGGAGGUUGAUGGAAAGGAGGAUGAAGUUGAUGGAGAUCAUUAUGCUGAGGAAACAGAUAUGGGUCGAAAUCAACCUACGUCUACUCGCCAGCUGAGAUUGCGUGAGGAUACGGCCAAAUAUCUCCUAAAUCUCGACCUCGACUCAGCUAAAUAUGAUCCGAAAACCCGGUCGAUGGAUACCACGGCCUUAGCAUUGAACAACAACAAAGCAGGUGAUGAUCUAGCAUCAGAAGGAUUCGUGCGACCCGCGCACGACCCAGCCACCGAUGCAGCAGCCUUUGAAAAAGCCCAGCGCUAUGCUUGGGAUGCUCAGAACCAGUCAUCAACUCCUCACGCCUCAACCCCAACAGCUGCACAGAUACAAAACGCAGACAUGCAGGUCCAUCUCGAAGCAAAUCCCACCGCCUCCGCACUGGCUCUGAAGAAGCACGCCGGAGAGCUUGCUGCCAAGAAGGAAGCGCAAAGGAAAUACCUAGAAUCUAACUAUGGCACUUCCAGUGCACCAGCACUGAAAAGACCUCUGGCAGUAUCAAAUUCAGCAUACACGACAUAUGACCCUGAGACAGGCAAAGAGCUCGAUCCUGACACCAACAAGCCACGCAUCAAGCCUAUAGCAAGAAGCAAAUACCCCGAGGAUGUUUUCCCUGGUGAGGAGGGCAAACAAGGAUUUGAAGCAGAGGAGGCGAGGCGUAAAGGAAGGGACCUGCUCGAGGAGCAACAUGCAAACCACUUAGAAGAGGACCAUGCUGAAACCAUAGACGAGAAGAAGAGAAAGGGUACUGACUUUCAAGCAGAGGACAUGGAAAGGAGAAAACGCAACCGGACGGAAGAUCCAUUUUGA